AAAAAGGAGGCAAGAGACAGAAGGGGGACUUGAACAGAAGCAUUACGAUCACUGUUUUUUCUUCCCAGUCUGGAGGUCAGAGACACUACUGGACAUGGUCUGACACUGAGAAACUGGAUGAAGAAUCUGGACUGGAUUUGGGUUUCGUAUGUUUGGAUUUGCUCCCAUCCAGAUGCUGUGCUGUCGUGGAGAAUAGAAAUUCUACAGUUGACAACAAAGCAAUGAUGACUUUGGCCAAAUUAUUUCCAGAAUUUUUGAACAUCAGCUCUUGAAGAGUUGCACUCUAAUAUGGUUGUAAUGUGUUUUGCCUUUCAAUUACUAAAGCUGGAUUUUAAAUCAUGUUUUAUUUUAGCCACCAGUGAUUGAGUACAUGUGGAUCCAGUAAAAUAUAUCUUUAGAUGAACUGGCUGUUUUUUUAGGAGACAACACUCGCUUAAAUAUGACUGGAGCCUUAUUUACAGGACUCAUCUUCUUUUUGCUAGAGGUGGUGAGUGAUGGUGAACCAACGUAUGCUGGACCAGGAAGGGUGGAGGACUUACACGAUUUACAAGGACAGUACAAGCUUGUCCAUCUGACAUCACACUGGGCCCUUCAGCUGGUCAAUGACUCGUUGCCUUUCUCCAGAGCUGACAGCUUCUGUAGAGGUCAGUUCAGCUCCCUCCACACCCUGGACCAGUCAAAGGACCAGGAAGAAGCACUGGAGCUCCUUCAGCAGACUGGACUCCGCUCCCCUGUCUGGGUCAGGAAUCCCAGCAGUACAGCCUCUAAUUCAGUGGCCCACUCCAGGCAGUAUAUGCAGUURUCAUGUCUAAACUUCCCAAAAGAGUCCCAUGAAGGCUUUGCUCAUGUCAACGUGACAUUUCCUGCCUUAUCAUCUGUGAGUGUGUGUGUACGAGUUCAAUGGGACCCCAAGUGGAAUGAGGUGUCCACCAUCUUUUCCUAUGCUGCACCUGUCUUUACCAAUGAGUUUCAGCUGCGAGGCCAAGUGGAUGUGCAGGGUCGCAUCCUCUUGGCACUUAUCAUCCACGGAAAGCACCUGCCGUAUAAGGCGUCUUUCUCAAACGACGGUGCAUGGCAUCACAUCUGUGUCACAUGGCACCGGAGCAGAAAUCACUGGGCCAUCUACGUUGARGGGGACAGGAGUGACGGGGGGUUAGGUACAGACAUUCACAGGGAUAUAUAUGGUGAUGGUAUUCUGAUCUUGGGUCAGGACCAAGACUCAUUUGGUGGGGAUUUUACAGAGCCUUUUUUUGGAAACAUCACCGAUCUGAAUGUUUGGAACAUAUCUUUGGAAGCAAGACAUGUCCGUGCCUUGAAUUCCUGUUCACCCGUUAACCUGGAAAAGCUUUUCACUUGGAACCUUCAGCUCAUAAGCAGCCAUACUGUGGUCAAAAAUGUGCAAGCCCUUCUCUUUUGUCCAGCAGCACACCAGCAGAUGGAGCUCCAGGACUGCAGGACUUUGCAGGGCUGGUCAGCUCAGCUCCCUACGUUGGGCCUGAAAYACUGUGCUGACCGACUACCAUUCAUCUGCAGGAGCAGCCGAGAACGAUACGUGAAGAUGAAGGAGAUAAUUGAAUCUCAGAGCUCCCAGCCCUCUGCCUUUAUGCACCAACUGAUGAAGCUUUCCAACAAGAGCCAGCCAAUUCUAGGUCAACAGCCAUCUGGACUAAACAGCCUGGCCCAGGCCUCAGUCCUGCUCAACGUCUCAGUCCAGGCCCUGGAAGAAACGCAGCAGGAGGGACUGCAGCCGGCAGACAUGGUGUCACUUAUUCAGCUGCUGUCACUAACCUCUGACAUCCCCUCAGAGCCACCUGUCCAUCCUGAAAACAUCAGCCAGGACAACAUCCAGGAACUCAGUCAGCACUUUAUAAGUGUGGCUGACAGCAUCAUCAGUGAAGAAAAUACCCUCAAAUGGCAGGCCAUCAAGGAGGUGGUGAACGGCCCUAUGGAUGUUGUGAAAAGUAUUGACCGGAUGGUAACCCACUUGAGUCCUCGCUUGGCAGCAGAGACUGACCACCUGACCAUUCACAGUCCAAACAUCAAACUUGAGGUACAACACCAGAAGCUGGAGGAAGGAUUUAAAAUAUUGAGCUUCUGUGGACCUAGGACAGAAAAACACUCUAGUCUAGACUGCAUCACAGUACCACAUCAGAAGAUACAGGAUCUCCAAAACAAUGGCUUCUAUAGGCUCACCUUGGUCAACACAUGGUAUGGCUCUCUACGACCUCUUUUUAAUGCGAAGGAGGAGAACAUCACAAUGGAACCUACUGUUACUGAUGGCAGUCAAAGGUAUCUGGGCACUAUUCUGGGCUCUUCAGUUAUAUCCACCACUGUCCUGGGAGAUGACCAACCAGUUAGCAUGGCAGUUCAUUUCCAGCUCCGGCACAGAGUACAGCAAUCCUUUGAUACUGUAUACAAUCCAGUGUGUGCCUUCUGGGAUUUUAAUCUCAAUCCUGAGGCUGGUGGGUGGUGGAAUACGAAAGGCUGUGACAUAGUGUCCAAACAUUAUGGGUACACUGUGUGCUACUGCAACCACACUACUAAUUUUGCGCUACUGCUGCAAGUUUAUGAAGCCCAGAGGAGCACAGAGAACGAAAAAGCUCUGCAGGUUCUGACGUUCAUUGGCUGUGGAGUGUCUCUGUGUGGCCUCCUCUUCACCUUCAUUCUCUUCAUUGCUGUGGGAGUCCCAAACUCCGACCGCACAACUGUUCAUAAGAAUCUAAUAGUUGCUCUGGGUCUCGCUGAGCUGCUGCUGAUGUGUAGUGACUGGGCUUCUGAAAAUGAGGCAGCUUGCUACCUGGUAACUGCUCUGCUUCACCUGUUCUUUAUGGCUUCCUUCUCUUGGAUGCUGGUGGAGGGCCUUCUGCUCUGGAGCAAGGUUGUUUCUGUCAACAUCAGUGAGGACCGCAGGAUGAAACUGUACUACAUCAUUGGCUGGGGACUACCUGUUUUGAUAGUGGGUGUAACACUGGCUGUAUCAGCGGACAAGUACAAGGCCGAAGAUCACUGCUGGCUCAGUGUGAAGACUGACACGAUCUGGGCCUUUGUGGGACCAGUUCUAUUUGUCUUGGUGGUCAACGCAGUCGUACUGUGCCGCGUUGUCAUGGUGACCGUUUCCAGUGCUCAUCGUCGUGCUAAGAUGCUCAGUCCAAGCUCGGCAUCAAAGAUGCAGACCUUUGACCUCACCUGGGCUGUGAGUCGUCCAGUUCUCAUCCUGCUCCCCGUCCUAGGUCUGACCUGGCUUUGUGGAGUCCUGGUCCAUCUGUCUGUGGUGGUGGCUUAUGUCUUUAUCAUCCUCAACUCCUUUCAAGGCCUUUACAUCUUCUUAGUCUAUGCUGUUUACAACAGUGAGGUGAGGAAUGCCAUAAAAAGAAUCAGAGAAAAGAGAAAGGCCUUAUCUUUUACAAACUGCUCCCAGCCCACCAGCUUCCUGCCUUCCCAGAGGGCYCCGAUUACUUCCUGGAGCCGCAGUCCACCAACUCCAUCCAGCCCAGAGACAAGUGAGACUUCUGGACCCACCUGUUCCACCUCCACAUCAUUAGUCAUCAAAAAUGAAAGUUUCAGAAAAGAGAGUUUUGUGCGUUUUUCUUUGAAACAAGUAUCAGGAAACCAAGUGGUGCAGCUGACAGGCUUCAAGCCUUCAGGUAUGAUGCUGUCUUGGAUCUGUUGGGAGCUCACAGAAGCCCCACAAAAACCAUAAUUUCAUUGCUGAAUGAAAUGUGCUGUAGUAUUACAAUGUGCAAAAGAAAUUAAAACUACAAAAACAAAAAAAUUUGAAGAAACCGUGUGUAUCAAAAAUAAAAACUAGCUAUGAAUUGCCUAAAACAGAAAGAAGUCAGAAAUGACACGAUACAAACAGGAUGUAGAGUUUUUAGUGAAUAAUUUAUCAGAUAUCUCAUCUCAUGUCCCAUAAUCCUUCCAUUUCUCUGUCGUUUAAUUUGGAUUAAUCUGUAAACAUUUGAUUCCACUUUGAUGUCAAAAACAUGUUUUGACAGUUUUUCUGUAAAGGAGGCCCUAAUCGCUCUCACACAUAUCAUAGAUCAGCAUAGCUGCUUGCAAAAUACCUUCAUUUAUUUAAACUUUCAUUAGUUUUUUUUAACUGUUCUUGUUGUUCUCAGGACAGCUUAUCAUGUUUCUGUAGAACGCCUAAUUUCAAUGACUAAUAACAUAUUUUGCAAAAUACACUUUCAUUAAUUURCCCUUAGCUACUUGCUGUAAAUGAGUUCAAAGGGUAAAUAAAAUCAACAAGUUAUCUUUCCAAGGAAGCCCUCAGACUGUGUUAAAUCUGCACUUUGUCUAACCCAUUCAGCAGAACCAGGCUCAGGAUGGGCUGCCAUCUUUCUGGCCUGYCUGAGGUCAAACCUCGUGAACACAGAAACAGAGUUUUGUGGAUAUGCAAUGGCUUUUAAUUGUUUGAGCCUUUUYUCCACACACAAACAGAUUUUUAGAAACCACUGAAUGUUUUUUACUGGAAUCCAGAGUGAGAAGAUCUAGAAAUGCCUCCAUUACAUUCCCAUUGGGCCUAAACGAAACAUUUUGAAAACAAUGAUGUCAUAGACUCAUCCCUAACCUGAACUAUGACCUCAAUUAUAAUGGAUGUGCUUGUUAUUUUAUUAUUCCAUUUGUUUUUCUUUAUAAAGUAAAACUUUUAUAUGUUGUAUUAUUUAAUUAAACAGGCAGAUGAUGAACAAUAAAAUUGCUUUGAGUAGAGCAGAGUAUAGUCUGCUAUUUUAACACUAAAUAAAGUAAGACCACCUGGCCUCAGAUGACAGGAGGUGUAGAAUCACGACUGACAGCUCAACACAGACCACCACUUGGUGGUCAAUUCUGCAGUUUUGUAAUCCUGAAGCUGACCACCAGACUGACAGUGGCAGCAGAGGUGGGAGCAAACAUCCACACCCUGAUUCAUCAUGGCCUCCUCUUCUCCUGCGAGCACCAAUGAUCAGGUAAUAUUAUUAGGCUGGAUGUCAUUUUCAUGUCAUCAUGUGUUGGCUCAUUGCAGCGAUGMACCAACACAUGUAUGGAGGACAGAACCUAUCAUUAUUGGAAAUAAAUGUAUAAAUAUAUAACU